CCCUGCUCACCCUCUCUUUCUCUCUCUUUUUCUCUGUGACCUUUUCUCUCAUUUCUUUCAUAGCCAUCUCCUCUUCUAUCUCCUUAUUUUCAUACUUAUCACUGUCUCUGUACAGCUUCUAUAGCUCCAUCUUUGUUGCUGGAUUCUAUAUUAUCCUCAUGGCUAACGAUGAGUGGGUGAGGGCGGCGAUGACGGAUGACAUGAUGGUGGUGGAGCUGCUAUUGAGGCUGAAACAGGCGCAGGCAGCUUCACCGGCGAAGUACACGGCGGUGUUCCUUCUCAAGUGGGGGAUGCGGCAGCCGCGGACGAGGCUCGCGAUGAGAUGCGGUGGCGUUGAGCGGAGGAAAGAAGACGAUUCUUCGAUCAGAUGUAGCCCUACCACGCCGCUUUCCUGGAGCGGCGGAGGCGGAGAAGCCUCUCCCUCAGGAACUGCUGACGGUUUCGAAGAGACGAGCCGCCACAAUAGCCGUUCUCCCCCCGGCUCCAGAUCCAAGAUUACUAGCACAUCUGAAGCCACUAGCGUCUCACUCAAGAGGUCAAGGAAAAAGAAGACAUUUUCUGAGCUCAAAGAGGAGGAGAAUUUGCUGUUGAAGGAAAGGAUACAUCUGAAAAAGGAGUUGGCAAUAUCACGAGCAACUUUUAAGAAACAAAGAGCCACAAAUGAGAAUUUGAAGAGAAUAAAGCUUGAUUUAGGUUCUCAGCCUGCAAAUAACUCGUAUUCAAUUUUCAAUGAACAAGAGAAAAGAAAUUGCUGUCAAAAGGAAAACAGUGAAGCCCCUCCCAAGCCAAGACAUACCUCUGGAGAGAAUCAGUCACUGUCAUAUUCUAGUGAAGCACACAAGGCUGUCUCUAUCCAGGAUCAAUCUUUCUUACUCCCCGAUCUAAAUAUGAUGCCACUGGAGGAAGACUCCACCUCUGAGAUUGCCUGGAAUGAGAUGAUGAAAAUAAGUUAGUUCAAUUCACCAUUUGAAGUCAUUACAAUGAGAUCACAGACGAUAUGGCUCAUAAACUCACAUGUCUAAGGAGCUGUUCGAGUCGAUUAUGUUCAACCAUUAGUGCAGUUACUGAUAUAAAAACACUAAUAUGACUAAAUCCAUUGCCAGUUCUUGGAAGGCAAAGGAAGUUGACUAGUCUUUAGGAAAAAGUUUUAAAAGGGUAGUGUAGAGAUCCUAGUUAUUAGAUUGUAGAAAAUUUUCUCAUGUUGUUGGAUUUUGCAUUCCUCUGGAAUUCAUUUGGGGUAAAACUCCAUUACUUUGUAGUUGAGAACUUUUCAGAAGUUGUUCUGUCAUUCUUUGUAGCUUAAAAGCGGUCCUGAAAACUUAUUCCAACUAAUUGACUGUGUUGUCCAUUGCAAUUAUUGACUUUUCUUA